CCUUGUUGUGACAUUUUAUCUCUUUCCUAUUUUUUUUUUUUUGUCUCUGACCAGUCAAUCGUGGCAUUUCAACUUUUUCGAACAGCCAUUCCAAUGCAAAUUUGAAUUAUGUCUACUUUAACGCUAGAAUAAAUAAGAAGCAAACUGGGAGCCAAUACAAUAGCCAUACUACUACUAUAUAAAUAGAUUUGAAUUAAACAUGUACGUGGUUCCUUAGCUGUUUCAUUUCUAUUUAGAAAAAAACAAAUAACAACAACAACAAAAACUGUGGUGUAACCUUUGCACGUGAACAUGAACAGGCUUUUACAGCGGAAAAGAACCCCUGCACGGACCCCGCAUUGUUUGAGUAAGUGGCAACGGAGAACGUGAGACUUAAACGAGGUGGUGUAGAUUGGGAGAUGGAACGUCCUUUGUGUGUCUAAUUGAGGCUAGGUAUUGGUUUCUCUAAAUCCCUGCCCAUCUAAAAAGGGACCAUUCUUUACCGUCUUCAUGUAUUAACAUACCUACUGGGGUUUCUAUGGAAACUGGACAUUAUAAAGCUGAACUUCACUUGUGCCAUUAGAAAACGAAUUAGGCUCCCAUAAUACGUCAUCUGCUGAAUAUUCUCCUAAUUACCUGGGGGGCCGUCACUACUCGUGCUACAGCAGAAUCGAAAGCAAGGCUUUUUGUUAACUUCUGCGCUGCAAUUUAUUUUUUUACAGAACAUAAGACUAAAAAAGUAUAUAUUUUACUUUGAUCUGGAAAUUGCAGUCGUGUUUUGUAUUAGUUCACUUUAAUAUAAGUCAAACGAACGUUUUCGUAAACUCCGAAAUUUAAUUUACAGAACGACUGACCUAGUCUUCCACUAAAUAUUCUUAAGUGAUUUAUAAAGGGUCUGAACAAUAUCAAGAACAAGUGUUUGAAGAUGGAGGAUUGCCCAAGGUCUCCCACAGUUACUACCAUAACCAGCAGCUCGUGCUCAGAAGACUUGGUUUCAUCGGCUUUGCAAUACGACAAAGACUUCAUCAAAACGAUUCCUGGAAUCCUUAUCUUUUUAGAGAUUGUUCUUGGACUCCUAGUUUGGACACUUAUAGCUGGGACCGAGUAUUUCCGAGUGUCUGCCUUUGGCUGGGUGAUGUUCGUAGCUGUGUUUUACUGGGUUCUCACUGUGUUCUUUUUAAUUCUCUACCUGACCAUGGCUUACACCAGGAUUCCUCAGGUCCCAUGGGCCACAGUGGGUUUAUUCUUCAAUAGCAGUGCCUUCAUCCUGUACUUCAUUUCUGCCGUUGUAAAUGCAGUUUCAGUCAGUCAUGGAUUCCAGGGCAAACACGAGUACAACAGGUGGGCUGCUUCAUCGUUUUUAGCCUUCAUGGUUACGCUGUGCUAUGCCGGAAGUGUUUACUUCAGUUUCCAAUCUUGGAGAUCACAAGGUCAAGGAGCUUGAAUAUUGUAUGUACUUAAAGAUACAAUUCCUCAUUAAUAACAAGAGAAAUAUUCAGUGUCCGGACAGUCAGAUUGCUGCCUAGAAAGGAAGAUGUGACAAAAAAAGCAUUAACUUGUCCAUGGAAGGCAGCUGGCUAAUGUAUUCUUAUAUGGUGUUUUUGUUUAUUUGUUUUUCCUUAUUCUAUAAUGUAUUUUCUUUAUAUAUUUAAUGAAAUCAAUAAUUUUCUUUACUGAUUAUUCAUUCUAAGGAUAUGCAUAUUUACUAAUGGGCCGUUGUGAUAUAUAUAUAGAUAUAUAUAAUUUUAGUAUAAAGUUUUUUCAGGUCUUCUCCUGUGUUUUUGUAUAAGUUGAAUAUUUAAAUAGAAAAUAUCUGUCUAAAGGAGAAAUGUUAAAGCCCUGGGAACAAUGUAGGGAGAAUUUGUGUUUUA